AUGGAAGGAUUGUAUCUAAUCUUCUUUCAUGUUCAGUUAUACAUAGAGAAGACUGCCCUGUAUUUGAUGAGUACAAAGUAUGUAUUUGAUGAGUACAAAGUUCUUGAAGGCAAAGCUUAUCGUCUAAAUCAUCCAUGGGUGGGAACUAUGAACAAAUCAGAAGCUGAUUUUAUAAAAAAUACUGAUAUGAUAUACGCAAGAAUAUCUACCAAAGCUUCUCUCACAGCAUUUGGAAUCUGUAAUUAAAGCAAAAAAAACCGGGAAUUAUUUCCCUGAUAAAUAAAGGUUUUAAAGAGCGGAAGCUGAGUUGAAUCGCCUUGGAAGACCAAUUGCAGUUGAUGAUGGAUAAUUGAUGAAAUUACCAACCUUAACGAUAAGACAUGAAAUCAUUAAAUCAUUGGAUUUACAUAAAAGAGCGAGGACACUAUGACGUUUGCAAAGGACCGGAACUCACUAUAAUUUUUUCCCAAUUCUUAGAAAGCCUCCAUACUCCUUUCUUGUGACAUUGGAGGAAAAGAUGCAAAGUCGCCCGUUUAUGAAGCUAUACACAAGUUGACAUAAGAUUUGUAUGAGUCAAAUGACAUUGCUGCCCUUGCCCCUUCACCUCUGCCUCCCCUACGACUUUCAACAAUCGGGAUCUCUGGUAACUUGUGUAACUAUUAUCUAUUAUUGACGGUUGUGUAAUUGGUUUAGGGUUGCCAAAUAUAUCAUGUAUAUGAUUAAUUAAUUAAUUUUAUGUUUUUAAUUAGUUAUUCUUGCAAUUGUUUCUUAGGC